CAUAAAAUCAGUCGCCAUCUUUGCUUCAACCUUUCAAUCGCCUCCACAGAUUUGCGGGCGUUUCAUCGCCGUUUUUCAAUGUUUUGCUCAAAUAAAUCGUUACAUUUUUGUUGUAAAGCCACGUAAAAACUUUGCGAUAAGUUGUGUAAGUGAUAAGUGCGAAAAUGAGCUUUUUCGGGUUUGGACAGACUGCGGAUAUUGAAAUCGUAUUUGAUGAUGCUGACAAACGGAAGGUUGCCGAAGUGAAAACGGAUGAAGGCAAAAAGGAGAAGUUAUUGUUGUAUUACGACGGCGAAACCGUUUCAGGUAGAGUGAACGUCACCCUGAGAAAACCCGGGUCGAAACUUGAACACCAAGGUAUCAAGGUCGAACUUAUAGGUCAGAUCGAAUUAUUUUACGAUAGAGGUAAUCACCAUGAAUUUAUAUCGUUAGUAAAGGAGUUGGCACGCCCCGGUGACCUGUUACAGCAUACCUCGUAUCCAUUCGAGUUCGCUAACGUUGAAAAACCUUACGAAGUGUAUACGGGCGCUAAUGUCAGACUGAGGUACUUCUUGAGGGCUACGAUAGUCCGCCGUCUCACAGAUGUCGUCAAAGAGGUGGACAUCGCUGUCCACACGCUGUGCAGCUACCCCGACGUAUUAAACUCCAUUAAAAUGGAAGUAGGUAUUGAAGACUGCCUACACAUAGAAUUUGAGUACAACAAAUCAAAAUACCAUUUGAAGGAUGUAAUUGUUGGUAAAAUCUAUUUCCUCCUUGUCCGUAUCAAAAUCAAACACAUGGAAAUAUCAAUAAUUAAAAGAGAAACAACAGGUUCUGGGCCUAACACUUUCACAGAGAAUGAGACGGUUGCAAAGUAUGAAAUUAUGGAUGGGGCCCCUGUUCGAGGAGAGAGCAUUCCUAUAAGAGUGUUUUUAGCUGGUUAUGACCUGACACCGACAAUGAGAGACAUAAACAAUAAAUUUUCAGUGCGGUACUACCUAAAUCUUGUGUUAAUGGACACUGAAGAUCGCCGCUACUUUAAACAACAAGAAGUGACCCUAUGGAGGAAGAGUGACAAGUCUAGACUACCCCUACAUAAUGCACAUGUUCCCCAAACACUGUCUCACCCAAGUCAACAAAUGCCAAGACAGCUGAGUGCAUCUAGUGAAGACAACUCCAACAGAGCAAUAUCUCCUAACAAUCCCAACAUAAUGCAGAGAUCCAUCUCUCCUUCUAUGAAUGAUGGAGAGAAACAGAAUGGACCUUCUGAGAUGGAGCAGGAACAACCUGAUGUGAUAACUAAUAAACUGUCCAAUACGCACAUUGAAAAUAACCAGACAGAUGAAGAAGUUGAUGAUGAAUCUGCCCCCAUUUUGGAGAAACAAAUAAUACCAGAGAAACCACCCCUCGCUGAGAAACCUCAAGUGGCAGAUAAGCCAGUGAUAGCAGAGAAACCGGUCCUAAACCGGCCUGAAAGUGAAGCUAGUCCAAGUCAAUAGCCGAUAUGUACAUGCGCGGUCCACUUGACAGGCGCUGAAGAUAUGAACUAUAUGUUUUCAUAUUUGAAGACUAUUAUUUAAUGGAUUGUAGUUAUAUUGACUUUUCAUGUAGGUAGUUAUCAGACAUAGUUUGUGGCCUACAGUGGAAAGUUGGUACAACUGUGUCCUAUACAGAAUUGUUGCAGAAUUCAGGAUUUCUAUUAUAAAAUGUUGGAGCUGUAUAAAUGGAAGUUAUUGACAUAGUGAAUAUUGUCAGCAUUAAAUGGAAUAUGGGCUCUAAUUGUAAGUGUACAAUGCUAUCAUUGCAAGAAUAGCUGGUGGAUUAUCUUCAGAUAUCCGUUAUUAUGUAAGUUAGUUAACAAAAUUGUACCUUAUUGCAGCAAUGUAAAGAGCAUUUUAGUAGAACACCAAUCAUGUGUAUCUCAGAAGCCAUUGUUUUUGCAUGUAAGGGCUUAUUAUUUUACUCAAAUAGAAUGUGCUUGUUGGAAUGUUUUAAUUAAAACAGUAGAAUGUUUUUAAUUGAAGUGACAUUUCUUGAAAUAUGAACUCAGGUCAGUAAUGAAACACAUGAUACAUACAAAUUGUUAUCAUUUUAAUUGAAAUAUUUAUAAAAAUAAUCCAUCAUUGAAAGUAGUAACAUUCUAGGUACCUAUUUAAUAUCUGAGCACUUAUCAAACUGGUUCACUGUUGGUUAAAGCAAACUUAUCUAAAACUCACAAUGAAUUGUGUGUAAUUUAAUUUAUCUGUAAUUGUUGAAUAUGUUAAAUAUCUGAAGCCAAUAACAGUCCAUUUAAUGAGUAGGUAGUAAUUAACAAACCAUUCAUGUAAGAAAAUUACCUAUUUAAAUUCUUUUUAUGACAGCACACAGAGUAAAAAUGUAUUUAUCAUAGAAACGAAGAACUUAUAGAAUUAAAAUAACCAUACUUUUUCAGUGACAACAUAUGUAAUUUUAUACAGCCCACAAUUAUUUUAUAUACUUAAGUUGAAUUAGUGAAAUGCAUAUAAAUGUUAUUAAUUUGAUCACUGUCCCGUGCAGUGUGCAGCUUUAUAUUCACAUACAUUGUCAUUUAUUUCGCCGAUAGAAGAUUGUUUUCAUAGAAAAUUAUCAAAAGUGUGAUUAUACAUAGUGUGUAUAUUAAAAUUAAAAAGAAAUAUUUUAAGAAUAUUUGGGAAGUCAAAAAUGUAGGUGUCGGAAAUAAUAAGCGAGAACUUAGUUUCUUUUUUUAUUGUGUAAAAAUUGCUUCAUAAUAUAUUCUAGUUAAGUUUUGCAAUAUUUUGAUGAUUUUAAAAUUAGCGCCUCAGGAUCUGCCAUUUUUUAUCAUUAUUAUUACAAACAAUAAUUCAAGAGUCUGAUUUUAAAUAUGUAUUAUUAUAAUGAUUCCACCAAAAUUGUUUUACAAUCGUAAACUUUUACUUUGUAGAAUUUAUAAUAUUAUGUAUUAUGCUCGUAUUCAGCCACACAGAGAGCCGAUUCAAAUCAAGUUAAAAGUAGGCUUCAUAACAUUUGAAUUUGAUAAAAUGUUGUCAAGCAACAUUUUCACAGAACAAGUUCAGUCGCGCGCGGUGCCAUUGUUUUUAUCAGAACUCAUUAUUUUACUGGUUAAAAUUUUGUAAAUCCAAUUAAUAUGUGAUUCCUCAAAUUGAGGAAAACGUGAUAUUUCGUUUUAUUUUAUCACAUUUAUAUGAAUGAACAUGCAAUCUGUAGAUUGUACUGAAGCUAGAAUACAGUAAAAGAAGCUAAGAACGGUUCCCUGUUAUCGUGAAUCGUGGAGCUCUGUCCAUUUUAAUAAAUAUUUUUAUUAAUUCCUAGAUCCAUGACGGAUCUGUUUGUCGCUCUUUAGAAGUGUAAUUUUUAUUAUAUUAUAGAAAGUGAUUUGUUAAAGCAAUUUAAAAGUGUUUGGGCUUUGUUAUUUGUACAUAUCAUUGCAUUGUUAAACAAUGCACGACCAUAGAUUGUAUCUACAUCAAUUUAUUUCAAUUGAAUCCGUCAAGAGAGCAGUUAGUACCAAUUGGAAGCAUGUCACCGUAUUAGGGAAUUAUUACGACGGGACCGAGUUUGAUUCCGGCGCGAACGAAAUAAUGUUGCAAUGAAUAUUUUGUUAUAGCUACUAUAGUAACGUGAAUCUAACAAGACAAAUGUCUGUAAAAAGUAUACUAAAUAUGUAUUGCGUAUUUAAUUAGUUUAAGUUUAAAAUGUUUUACGGCCGAUGGGCGCAUGGAAUGCCUUAUUGUCAGAUGCCAGGUACAGAUCCAUCUCAUUUGUUGAAGGCUCUUGUGCUGUCCACGGAUAAUUUAUGUAGAUUAUAUCCAUUAUUUUUAUGUAAAUUAAGUAAAGUUACAAGUUAUUGAAAAUAUUGUGUUAUAUUAAAUAAUUGUUUGGUUUUAGUAUCACACUGUAUAAUAUAGAUAUCUUGUUUCUAUUGAGAUUAAGGCGGCAUGUCGAUUGUAACAUUAUUGUUAAUAAAAUAUAUAUGUAUAAAUUGCUGAAAA